AACACGACUUAUCUUUAUUUUGCAGCGUUCUUAGCGAGAUUUCCACUUAUAUAUGCGUAUGUGGUACCUAUCUUCAAGUUCUGCCGAUUUAUUUGUUGUUUGAAUACGUUAAAUUGUGUAUAUAAGGAACCUUCACUAAUAGCAUCAACCAAAAUACAGGAAUAUUUAAAUACAAGGCAGAAUGUUGCAGAAGCUUCUUCCAAUAACUGGUUGCUUGAUCUUUAUAUCAUGCAAGCAUAUCUUGGCGACUGGUGGGUGUCAGUCCAAUACAAACCAAGUUCAAAUUUGCGCACCUGUGUCUAGUUUGUCUGCACUACCUGGUGACAGUGGAGAUUUCUUUUCUCAACUGAAUGGCAGAGCCGGGGUGCGUGGUAAAGCUGGCCCUAAAGGAGAAAAGGGAAUUCGCGGCCCUCCUGGACCCAGAACAGAAAAUGAAAAUGAAUGCAACUGCAAUGAAGAACUGGAACGUCUUCGAAAUGAAAUUCGACAAUUUACGGCUCUUGUAAAUGUUAAUGAAUACAACUGCAGUGAAGAACUGGAAUCUCUUCGAAAUGAAAUUCGACAAGUUAAUGCUGAUGGUUGCCCGAGCGUCAUUUUCAACUUUUCAAGAUUGAAUCAAAUCACAGAUUAUGUUCGGUAUCGACAUUACGUUCCCCAGCUAAAUUCCGCUACAAUAUGCAUGUGGGUGCACACGUCCGAUUUUACUGACAGUUCUUUAUUCAGUUACGCGACCAGAUCCGGGCAUGCCAACGAGAUACUUAUAAUAUUAAGGAAUUCAAGAAGAAUUUCGUUUUUUUUGGAGAACAAACGUGUAAAAGAUUUUACCUUUUCCUCAAUGAUGAACCAAUGGGCUCACCUUUGCGUUUGGUUCUCCACACGAACAUCGCAACUCGGAGUUUACAUUAACGGUAAUAAUUUGGGGAGUUUCCCUUACACUGGCGGCUAUGUAAGAGGUGGGGGGUCGUUGAUACUUGGUCAAGAUCAAGACCAAUUCGACGCUGGUGAUUUACAAGCUUCACAGGCGUUUAGCGGGCAAAUAUCCAGUCCAAUAAUCUGGCCGCGUGUUUUGACCGCUUCGGAGAUUUCCGACGUCACGCACCGUUGCAUUUGCCCACGUGACUACGCAAUAACGAUGACGUUGGACAAAGUUGAGUUGCAUGGAACAGCGGGAUAUCGAAUGGAAGAUUGUCCUCCU